CUCACGGACCAUAUGACCACAUUUCUUUGGUCUGGUGAAUUCCUCACCACAACUACCAAGUAGCUUAGAGAAUCACGUGUCAGCUCCGUACUUCUAAGGUUUCUCACAUUAUUUUCGGUUGACAUCAUCAAGCCGUUUCCGCUAUGGAACCGGACCCAGUAUUCCAAUCGCAACUAACUUGAACCAGUGUAGCCUGGCCUCGAGAACCUUAACAACUUUAUGUGAACGGAGGUCCAGUUUCAGUGAGUCAUACACUUAUCUAUGAUCGUUUGGAGCACGAAUCAAUAAAUUACUGUAUGCAAAGUGCGAGACAGACGAGACGUGCGCGUUGCGUAUUGCAUCUGAGUUCUGAGGUAAGCCCUUCGGGAGAAGCUGGUUUGUUAGUAAUGUGUUUGUCAAUGGCGCUUACGGCGUUAUGAUAGAUGUUCGUGUACAAAUACGACACCGCGGAACGUAAGCGCCAUCGACAAUAAGGUCCCUUUACCCAGAUAACGUCACAAAUGUGUGUGACGUUUAUCAUCAACAAAUUCAACGAUUCUGUAUAUUAAGUGUUGAAUUAAUUGAGACUUAAUUAACUUUAAGGAACUAUAGAGGCCCUAAAUAAUUAUUAUUAUUCAUUUAGCGUAAUUACAGUGUGUCAUCAUGAGCGGAUAAUAAGCUUAAUGUAAUGAAUAAUGAGAAUGACACACAACACAAAGCGAUCAGAUUACAAAUAUGGCAAGAACGCAGCAAUUAGCAAAACAUAAAAGUACUACAAAUAUUAAAAACGGCAACUGUUAUGUUUUUCUUCAAUAAAGACAAUGUUAUUGCUAACAGUAGGUACAGCCCAAUUUUAACUUCGUAAAUCGAUAGUAAUGACCGAGCUAUCGCGUAGGCUAUACAUUUUGGUGGUCGGUGGAAAAUACACGUAUUUGAUAAAAGGAUUCAAUAAAUAUUUUCAUGUAUACAAUUGAUAUACUAUCAACUAGGGAUUAUGACAACUUGCAAAUUUUAUCAGCACCACGAUAAAUAAUAAAUUUACAUAUGUUAAUAUUAUGGCGUACGUACGUACGUAAUGUUUGCUUUAUGUUAGACCACGACGAACUUAAUUGUUGAAUCGCUCGAAUACUUCGAAUAGUCAACGAAAAGAAUCGAAUUGUAGGCGGUGAUGGAAGUGGAUUUUAUUCACAAUAAAGGUAUCUCAAUAAACGGUACCUGCCAUUUACUAGUUGAAUCAAGUCUGUACAAUGGAAUCAAGCAGGGCAUGCUUCUUGAGGUGUGCCACAAGAACAACCCAGAUAUCUACUGGAUAGCCGAAAUCACUAUGGUGUGUGGACACCUUUUAAGAAUCAAGUUUAUAGGUGCUGACACAGACUUCUGGUGCGACAUAUCCAAGACCAAAGUCCAUCCUCUAGGCUGGUGCGGAAAGUAUGACGAGCUCAUCGAGCCUCCGGACGAAAUCAACGAAAAAUACGGAGACACAAUCAUUGAUAUCAUGAAAAACGCGCUUCUAGAUGGACAGUCGGUGUGCAUAGAGGCUUUGAAUAAUAAGGGACUGUCGCCUAUUGAUAGGAUUAAAACUGGGAUGAAGGUGGAGGUCCAGAAUAUUAUUGAUCCGUAUAGAUACUGGAGUGGUACGGUGAGUGAGAACGUAGGCGGGCGACUAUUAGUCCGCUACGAUGGUGCGGAUGACGACCUCGCGCCGCUAUGGAUUUUCUGCUCCAACCCGCGGCUCAGCCCCUUCGGCUACGUUACUAACAAGGGUUCGCCAUGGCAAUUUAAGUACCCCGGCAAGGUGAACAAGUUCUCUUGUAAGAACAAGCUGAGCACCCAGCUGAGGCAGAGUGCUGAAGAGUCCAUCAAGGAACCGACGCCACCUGACCUGUUCCAGCCAAAUCCAAACAUGGAAUCCCACAACUUCGUAAGCGGUAUGAAAGUCGAAGCAUUAGACCCUCACGACAUGAAAACUAUUCGACCAGCCACCGUCCUCAAGGUCUUCAACAAUUUCCACUUCCUUGUCGUCAUUGAUGACAACGCAGACGACUAUGAAGACACCAAAACAGCCUGGCUAUGCGACUCCAUGCACCCAUACAUCUACCCUAUAGGCUGGGCUAAGAAAAACAACUUCAACUUAAAACCACCCAAAGUAUGGAAAGAAGGACCCUUCGACUGGGACGAAUACCUCUCAAUGACCUCCUCCGUCCCCGCCCCUGAAUACUGCUUCGGCACAAAACAACCUCUAAAAGAAAUGCAACUAAACAUGAAAUUAGAAGCUGUGAAUCCGCAGAAUCAUGAAGAAAUCCACGUCGCCACUAUAGACGCUAUUAUUGAACACAUGGUGUGCGUAGAGUUGAUCCCUAUACAGGAGAAAUUCUGGUACGCGCAGAACAGUGAUCUACUAUUCCCCGUAGGAUGGUGCGAUAGUAAUAAUUACGAGUUACAUAUCCCUGAUAUAAAUGCUGUCAAAGAGCCUCCUAAACCAGUAGAGGAAGUCAAACCUAAGGAAGAUCUCAAGAAGUCUACAGAUGAGUGGUGCGAGAGAAUUUUCUUCAACUACAAAUGUUACGCCGGUCCGACAAUAAGUAGGAACAAGCUGUCACAGCUUCCGAAGCAUGUCGGGCCUGGGCCAUUGUCUUUAGUAUUGAAAGAGGUGCUGAAUAAAAUGAUAUCGGCGUCGUAUAAGCCGGCCAAACUGCUCAAGGAUUGGGAGACAGAGGGUCCGCCGGAAGAUGGGAUGAGGCUUGAGAUGCUGAGAGCCAAACUAAAGUCGAGCACGUACCACGCGUAUGUGCCGAUCGCGACUCGGGCGGCUAUGACGGCGGCGUUCUGCCGCGCCGUGUGCGCCAAGAUGCAGGCCUGCCCCUGCCUCUUCGGCCCGCACCACUACCCCGAGCGCUGCCCCGCCGACUGCCAGCAGGUCGACAAGUCCACCUUCCAUAACGUUACCGAGCGCCGAGGCCGGCCGAAGGGCAGCCUCAACGGAAGAAAGAAGAAGAAAAAGCCCGCCCCGGAAAAGAAGGAGAAGGAGCAACAACCUCAAGAAAACGAGAGCAAUAAGGACGGAGAAUCCGUCGAAGAUGAACAUAGUGCGGGCUCCACCCCUCCUUCCGAGUCGGGAACCAGACCAAACUCACCAGACAGCGACUACAAACGCGCCCAAAGAAGAAAACGAGAACCCAAGAACAACUACCCCAAACUCGAAAUGAAAACGCGAGGCGCGAAGCUCCCGAACUUCGCUCAACAGAUGAAGGAAUCUCACUGGAACAAGAAGGACGUAGAGACCAUCUACAACAGCAGUGCGAAUAAGAAGCAACAAGACAGCGACUCGGAGAACGAGAGCAACGACACCAGCUCCAACUCCCGCGAUGCCAAGAACAUAUCAGACGUCUCCGAUUCCGAGGAACCGGAGCUCAAGAAACUCAAGUUCACGACGUAUGAUCCCUUGCCGUCCGAUAAUAAGAUGUUCGAGAAAAAUACUGCCGCAUCUUGGAUCAAAGGGAAAUUGAAGUUGUCGCCAAACCCAUUGGACUGGAGCGUCGACGAUGUCUACGCGUACCUCAGCAGUACCGACGACUGCAAAGUUCUAGCUGACAAGAUGAAAGAGGAAGAAAUCGACGGAGAGGCUUUUGUCAUGCUCGACCUGACUACCAUCAGGGAGCUGUUACAUAUGAAAAAGGAGUUUGCCGUACUUCUCUGCAAGCACAUCACCAAGAUCAAGUGGUAUUAUUUAGACAAUUAUGAAGAUAAUAGCGAAUCAUGAUAAGCUUAGCAUUAUUUACAAAUGUCUAGUCGUCAAUAAAGUAAUUAAUUGUU